UGUCCAGUGAGGGAGGUGCUGAAAUCAGAGCGUUCUCUCCGUCUCCCCACCACUACCUCCCUCCAUCGCUCCCCCCACCCACUCUCUCUCUCUCUGUAUCUCUCUCUCUCUCUCUCUCUCUCUGUGUGUUGCCGCCGACCGAUCGACACUUGCAGCCAUUUUACGCAGGACGAACCCAAUCAUGUCGUGAACGGAACCUCGCUGGUCACCUGGGCAAAGCCAGCAGCCGCUGCCGCCGCGCGUCCCGGUGGUCGCACACAACUAGGCGUGUAGGCAGGCAGGCAGGGAGAGGGGCACGGAGGCAGGUCCGGCCAAAAUGGUGAAAAGGAAAAGCCUGGACGACAACGAGCCGGAGUGUGGGAAGGGAAUACCAUUUCCUAUCCAGACCUUCCUGUGGAGGCAAACCAGCGCAUUUCUGCGUCCGAAGUUGGGAAAACAGUAUGAAGCAUCUUGUGUGUCUUUUGAGCGGGUGCUGGUGGAGAACAAGCUCCACGGGUUGUCGCCGGCCCUGUCAGAGGCCAUCCAGAGCAUCUCCCGCUGGGAACUCGUCCAGGCAGCCUUGCCUCACGUACUCCACUGCACCUCUAUCCUGCUGUCCAACAGGAACAAGCUGGGCCACCAGGACAAGCUAGGCGUGGCCGAGACCAAACUGCUCCACACGCUCCACUGGAUGCUGCUGGAUGCUGCCCAGGAGUGCAAUCAUGAGCCCAGCCUAGGCCAUGGGUGGUCCGCUGGAAGCAGCAGCAGCGCCUUCCUCCAGCCUGUGGGGAACCAGGGUUCCUCCCCAGGGGCUCCUGGCUCCUGUUCAGGGUCUGCCCUCGGUGGAUCGGGACCCCAGCACAGCGGUUCGCUGCUGGAGGAGGAUGAACACACUCGUACUAAGCUGUUUCAUAAGAGCAUGGCCACAGUGGAGCUGUUUGUGUUCCUGUUUGCUCCGCUUAUUCAUCGGAUAAAGGAGUCGGACCUGACCUUCCGAUUGGCCAGUGGUCUGGUAAUAUGGCAGCCAAUGUGGGAGCACCGACAGCCUGACAUCCCUGCCUUUACUGCCCUCAUCAAACCUGUCAGAAACAUUGUGACGGCCAAAAGGAACUCCCCAGUCAACAACCAGUGCAGCCCCUGUGGAUCUGGCAACCCAGGUCCCAUGGGCUUCCAGGUGGUUUGCGAAGCUGCCCAGUCGGCUUCCUCUUCCCCCUCCGCUGGAGAGCAGAGCUGUCGUCGUGGUAACUCGAUUGAGAAAGGUGGCCCUUCCCAGCAACCCCCACCGGUCAAAGGCCCUUCCAAGAAAAAAACAUCAGCCCCUGCCGGCCUGCCAGCAUCUCUGGCCCAGCGAGCACGUUAUGCCACUUACUUUGACGUGGCAGUGCUGCGUUGUCUGCUACAGCCGCACUGGACCGAGGAGGGUGUGCACUGGGCCUUGAUGUACUACCUGCAGCGCCUGAGGCAGAUCCUAGAGGAGAGGCCUGAACGCACCCCAGAACCUCUGGUCACGCCUCUGCCACGCCCACGCAGCAGCUCCAUGGUGGCUGCAACACCCUCAUUAGUCAACACCCACAAGACUCAGGAUAUGAGUCUGAAAUGUAACGAAGAGGAAAAAUCUCUGAGCACCGAGACCUUUGCAAAGGUGUCCCUGACGAACCUCCGUCGACAGGCAGUACCUGACUUGUCCUCUGAUUUGGGCAUGAACAUUUUCAAGAAGUUUAAGAAUCGGCGUGAGGACAGGGAGAGAAAGGGUUCCAUUCCCUUCCAUCAUACUGGAAAGAAGCGUCAGCGUCGUAUGGGGGUUCCUUUCCUGCUGCACGAGGACCACCUGGACGUGUCGCCUACACGCAGCACCUUCUCCUUCGGAAGCUUCUCAGGCCUGGGUGACGACCGUCGGACUCUGGACCGCGGGGGCUGGCAAGCCACCAUCAUGGGCAAAUUCACACGGAGAGGCAGCACGGACACAGCUGCCGACGUAGACAGCCUGAGUGCCAAACAUUCUCAUUCCCACCACUCUCUGCUCCGAGACAUGCCCGACCACUCCAACAGCCACAGCGAUAACACUGUCAAAGAGGUUCGAUCUCAGAUCUCCACCAUAACCAUGGCGGCAUUUAACACAACAGUGGCAUCUUUCAACGUCGGCUACGCUGACUUCUUCACCGAGCACAUGAAGAAACUCUGUAACCCUGUUGCUGUGCCUGAGAUUCCUGUGGAGCCGCUGGCCUGUGCCAACCUGCCACGCAGCCUUACCGACUCCUGCAUCAACUACUCUUGUCUGGAGGAAGGGGAGAAUAUCGAGGGGACCAAUAACUUUGUGCUGAAAAAUGGCAUGUUGGACCUCACAGCUGUCUUGCGGGCUCUUUAUGCCGUCCUCAGCCAUGAUAUCAGUUCUAGGAUCUGCGAUGUGGCCCUGAACAUCAUCGACUGUCUGCUUCAGCUGGGCGUGGUUCCCGGUAUGGGCAAGAAACUGUCCAAGCCUGAUAACAAGGAGAACCAAGAGGCACGUGGCAAAGACGCGGCUGGUCAGGGCCUCGGAGGAGGCGCCCAGGGAGGCGGACCAAUCGCUGGGGCAGGUGGAGGAGGAGAUGGAGGUGGAGGCGGAGGGGGAAGUGGAGGAGAGAGUGGACAGGGGAGCAAGGAUGAUGUGAAGAAUAAUAAGGAUAAUGAUAAAAAGGAAGAGGGCUCUGGCCUCAGCACCCACCGCCUAGCGUUGACCAUGCUGAUAAAGAUAGUCAAGUCCCUUGGCUGUGCAUACGGCUGUGGCGAGGGGCAUCGUGGAUUAUCAGGAGAUCGUCUCAGGAUGCAGGCCCAGAACUGCCUGACUAGCCUGUACAAACUGGACAAGCUGCAGUUUCGCCAGACAAUGCGCGAGUAUGUCAACAAAGACUCCCUCAAUAACAUUGUGGACUUCCUGCAUGCACUGCUGGGCUUCUGCAUGGAGCCCAUUACUGACAAGUACGGCAGUGCAGGUGAGAGGUCCAGGAGGGCGAAAAAAAGAAACAUCGACAAAGCGGGCUUCGGAAACAACUUUACUACAGGGGACAACAAGUCCGUGGCCCAGAAUAUGGAGGCGGUAGUGGUGGGCUGCAUGUUUAAGUCGCUCAUAACCCGCUGUGCCUCCACCACACAUGAGCUGCACAGCCCUGAGAAUCUGGGGCUGUACUGUGACAUUCGCCAGCUGGUCCAGUUUAUUAAAGAGGCCCAUGGAAACGUGUUCCGCAGGGUGGCACUGAGUGCACUCUUGGACAGCGCCGAGAAAGUCACUACCACCAAAAAACCCGAAGAGAAAGAAGAGACAAAACAGGCUGGACCCAAGAGGUCAGAGGCGGGUGUGUCCGGGGAGAAGGGUCAGGUGUCCAGUGCUGCAGAUGAGUGUCGCAGCUACAUCUCCAGCAGACCCCCCCAGACACCCGAACAUGAAGAGCAGAUUCCGGGUGCCCUGCUGGGCAGGAAGGAUUUUUGGAGGAAAAUGUUCAAGUCGCAGAGUGCCGCCAGUGACACCAGCAGCCAAUCAGAGCAGGACACCUCAGAAUGCACCACUGCACACUCGGGCACCACUACCGACCGGCGCUCUCGAUCCAGAUCCCGUCGCAUUUCACUUCGCAAGAAACUGAAGCUGCCUAUAGGUAACUGGCUGAAACGCUCCUCUCUUUCUGGACUUACUGAUGGUGUGGAGGACCUGCUGGACAUCAGCUCAGUGGAUCGACUCUCCUUCAUACGUCAGAGUUCAAAGGUGAAGUUCACCAGUGCUGUGAAGCUUACUGAAGGGGGCGUGGCAGGGCCGGAGUACGGCAGGGACGAGGAGGAGAAUUUCUUCAAGCGGCUCGGUAAAUGGAGGUCUGGCAGGAGGAAUCCAUCCAAGCUUCACCACACAGAAGAGAAAGAUGGACCUCAUGGUUUUCAGGAGCGUUUAGCAGCCAGUCAGGAGGCCAUGAAGAACAAGAAUGUGGUGAAUUUGGGAGCCAUCCGACAGGGUAUGAAACGCUUCCAGUUUCUCCUGAACUGCUGUGAGCCAGGAACCAUACCUGAUGCCUCCAUCCUUGCUGCUGCUCUGGACUUGGAAGCUCCAGUUGUGGCCCGGGCCUCCCUUUUUCUCGAAUGUGCCAGAUUCGUUCACCGCUGUAACCGUGGCAAUUGGCCAGAGUGGAUGAAGGGUCACCAUGUAAAUAUCACCAAAAAAGGCUUGUCCAGAGGUCGAUCCCCUAUUGUGGGCAACAAACGAAACCAGAAGCUCCAGUGGAACGCUGCCAAACAUUUCUGCCAGUGGGGAGACGCAAUAGGCACGCGGCUCAGUGAACUCUGUCACUCGGACAGCGAGAGCCCUGCCAACAUCCUGGGUUAUAUUUAUGAUGAAGAGACCAAACGGAGGAUGAGAAAAGAGGACGAGGAAGAGGAUUAUUUAGAUGACAACACAGUCAACCCUACCAAAUGUGGCUGUCCCUUUGCUCUGAAGAUGGCUGCUUGCCAGCUGUUGUUGGAAAUCACUACUUUUCUGCGAGAGACAUUCCCCUGUUUACCACGACCACGCACUGAACCACUUGUAGAUCUGGACAGCUGCCGUCUGCGUCUGGACCCAGAACUUGGACGCCAUCGCUAUGAGAGGAAGAUCAGCUUCGCAGGCAUCCUUGAUGACGAAGAUGGACACGAUUCGCUCAACAGCAGCAGCCAUACUCUGAAGUCUGACACCACUGGUGAAGAUAAAAAGACGCAGGAGGCUCAGGAUAAUCUCUCCCCACUUCCCUGCUCCCCAGCACCAAUUCGGAAGAUUCGGAUCGGAGGUUCCCGGUUGCUUCAGAUCAAGGGGGCCCGCAGUUUCCGUGUGAAGAAGGGUGGCUCCCUGUCCUCAAUACGUCGAGCAGGGAGCCUGAAGAGCACCAAGUUGUCUCGGCAAGACUCCGAAUCUGAAAAUGAAGAAGGGCUGCUGUCACAAACACAAAGCAGGGACACUGUUACUGACAUUGGCAGCCCCUUCAGCACCAGUGAACCCAGCAUCGAGCCAGAGGGUCAGAGCUCAGGAGGAGCAGAAGACAACUACCACCGCAACAUGUCCUGGCUGCAUAUUAUGAUCCUGCUGUGCAACCAGCAGAGUUUCAUUUGCACCCAUAUCGACUUCUGCCAUCCACGCUGCUACCAGCAUCACAGCCGCUCCUGCGCCCGUCUGGUCCGCGCUAUCAAGCUCGUGUACGGCGAGUCAGUGGACAGCCUGAGAGAGGACAGCGCCUCCUCCGGCAACAUUGGAGGACGUGCAAAGAAAAGCAAAGAGUGUUCAGACAAAUCUUGUCUGAGGACCCCGUCUAUGAAGAGAAGACCCACUGACUCCAGCGCAGAAGGAAAGAAGGAUACAGGCAUGCUGAAGUAUAUUCGCAAUCAGGUGAUGAGCUUAUCACCAGCUCCUCUUUCGCUGCUGAUCAAAGCAGCUCCCAUCUUGACCGACGACAUGUAUGGAGACAUUCAGCCCGCAGCCUGGGAGCUCUUGCUCAGUGUGGAUGAACAUAUGGCAGCUGCUGCUGCUGCCAUGUUCCUCCUGUGUGCGGUAAAGGUCCCUGACGCAGUGACCGAAAUGAUGAUGGCAGAGUUCCAGCACCAGGAGGCUUGCCAGCGCAUCAACUCCAUCCUGAAGUUUUACACGCUGUGGCGUUUCCGCUACCAGGUGUGGCCUCGCAUGGAAGAAGGAGCCCAGCAGAUCUUUAAGAUUCCUCCACCCAGCAUCAACUUCACUCUGCCAUCUCCAAUACUGGGCAUGCCUUGUGUCCCCAUUUUCGAUCCCCCCUGGGUGCCUCAGAACACUGGCAGUGUCCAGGAUCCAAUCAAUGAAGACCAGUCUUACUCCACAUUAAUUCAGUCAGUCCAUACCAUAAAAUCCUUCUCUGCGCGGGCAGUGUCGCGCUCCCACCAGCGUGCUGAGCACAUCCUAAAGAACCUGCAGCAGGAAGAGGAGAAGCGGCGUCUGGGCCGUGAGGCCAGCAUCAUCACGGCCAUCCCCGUGGCUCAGGAGGCCUGUUACGAGCCCACGUGCAGCCCUCCACCCGAGCAGGAGGAGGAAGCAGAAGAAGUGGUGAACCUGGCAUCACGCCGUCUGUCCGUCAGCCCAUCCUGUGCUUCCAGUAACUCCCACAGAAACUACUCUUUCCGCCGUGGCUCUGUAUGGUCAGUCCGCUCACUGGCCAGUGCUGAAGAUGAAGAAAAUACAACGGAGCACACUCCUACUCACCACAUGCUACAGCCACCUCAAGCCGUCUUCCCAGCAUGCAUCUGUGCUGCUGUCCUACCAAUAGUGCACCUCAUGGAAGACGGGGAGGUUCGAGAGGACGGUGUCGCUGUGAGUGCUGUUGCCCAGCAAAUCCUCUGGAACUGCCUAAUUGAAGAUCCAGCCCUGGUUCUCCGACACUUUUUAGAAAAACUAACAGUGAGCAACAGACAGGAUGAACUGAUGUACAUGUUGAGGAAGCUUCUGCUCAACAUUGGAGAUCUGCCUGCCCAGACUUCUCACAUCCUCUUUAACUAUCUGGUGGGACUGAUUAUGUACUUUGUGCGGACUCCUUGUGAAUGGGGUAUGGAUGCUAUCUCAGCCACAUUGACCUUCUUGUGGGAGGUGGUCGGCUACGUGGAGGGACUUUUCUUUAAGGACCUGAAGCAGACUAUGAAGAAGGAGCAAUGUGAGGUGAAACUCCUGGUCACUGCAUCAAUGCCAGGAACCAAAACAUUGGUGGUGCAUGGGCAGAAUGAAUGUGACAUUCCAACACAGCUACCUGUCCAUGAAGACACUCAGUUUGAAGCCCUGCUGAAGGAAUGUCUCGAAUUUUUCAACAUUCCCGAAGCCAGAUCAGCACAUUACUUCCUCAUGGACAAGCGAUGGAACCUCAUUCAUUAUUCAAAGACAUAUGUAAGAGACAUUUACCCCUUCCGGAGAUCAGUCUCUCCUCAGCUCAACCUGGUCCACAUGCUGCCAGAGAAAGGACAGGAGCUCAUCCAGAAACAGGUGUUUUCCCGUAAACUAGAGGAGGUCGGUCGGGUCCUCUUCCUCAUCUCCCUCACACAACACAUGCCAGCUGUGCACAAGCAAUCCCACGUCUCCUUGCUGCAGGAAGACCUCCUUCGCCUGCCGUCCUUUCCACGAACUGCCAUUGAUGCAGAGUUCUCACUGUUCAAUGAGCCACAAGGAAAGGAGCUGUUUGGCUUGGACACCCUCCACAAGGUGUUGUGGAUAAAACUUCUGGAGGAAAUGUUUCUGGGCAUGCCAAGUGAGUAUCCGUGGGGCGACGAGAUGAUGCUGUUCCUCAAUGUCUUUAACGGGGCGCUGCUGCUGCAUCCGGAGGACAGCGCACUCCUCAGGCAGUACACGGCGACCGCCAUCAACACAGCUGUCCACUUCAACCAUCUCUUCUCUCUGAGCGGUUACCAAUGGAUCCUACCCACCAUGCUGCAGGUCUAUGCUGACUAUGAGAGCAACCCUUUACUAAGGCAGGGCAUCGAGUUUUGCUGCCGGCAGUUCUACAUCCUCCACAGAAAACCCUUCAUCCUGCAGCUGUUUGCCAGCGUGGCGCCGCUGCUCGAGUUUACGACCAGCACCAGUACUGGCUUGUCUAAGGGAGUGUCAGCCCAAUGUCUUUUCGACCUACUGGUUUCUCUGGAGGGUGAAACCCAGGAUGCCCUGGAUGCCCUGGAGCUUGUCAAGGCUGAGAAACCUCUGCGUUCUUUAGAUUUCUGUUAUGGCAAUGAGGACUUGGCCUUUUCAAUCAGUGAAGCCAUCAAGCUGUGUGUCACUGUGGUUGCCUAUGCCCCUGAAUCCUUUAGGAGUCUCCAGAUGCUAAUGGUGCUCGAGGCCUUGGUUCCCUGCUUUCUCCAGAAGCUGAAGAGCAACACAGUCACAAUGGAAUCUGCUUCAGUUGCCAGGGAUGAGAUUGCAGCCAUUGCUGCUCUUGCCACAUCUCUGCAGGCCCUUCUCUACAGCUCCGAGGCCCUCACAAGACCCAUGACCGCCCCCCAGAUGUCUCGUUGCGAUCAGGGCCACAAGGGUGGCACUACAGCAAACCACGCCAUGUCCGGAGGGGUAAACACCAGAGACAACCUCCACCUUCUGGAGGAAGGCCAGGGCAUGCCGAGGGAGGAACUGGAUGAGCGCAUCGCCAGGGAGGAGUUCCGCCGUCCACGGGAAUCCCUUUUAAACAUCUGCACAGAGUUUUACAAACACUGCGGACCCCGACUGAAAAUCCUACAGAACGUUGCAGGUGAGCCGCGGGUCACGGCUCUGGAGCUGCUGGACAUCAAGUCCCACAUGAGGCUGGCAGAGAUCGCCCAUGCCCUGCUGAAGCUGGCACCCUACGACACCCUGACCAUGGAGAGUAGAGGACUGCGGCGCUACAUCAUGGAGAUGCUACCCAUCACCGACUGGUCAUCGGAGGCCGUUCGACCCGCCCUGAUCCUCAUCCUCAAGAGGCUGGACCGCAUGUUCAACAAGAUCCACAAGAUGCCUACGCUCAGGUGCGCUCGCCCACAGGCACUAUGCACCAGGAGACAAGUGGAGUGGGAGGCAGCCAGCAACCUGAUCGAGGGAAUCUGCCUGACCUUGCAGCGACAGCCGAUCAUUUCCUUCCUCCCACACCUCCGCUCACUGAUCAACGUCUGCGUCAAUCUGGUGAUGGGUGUAGUUGGUCCUUCUAGCGUGGCAGACGGGUUACCUCUUCUCCACCUCAGCCCCUACCUCUCACCUCCGCUUCCUUUCAGCACAGCAGUGGUGCGGCUGGUUGCUCUCCAGAUCCAGGCCUUAAAGGAAGACUUUCCACUCAGUCAUGUGAUCUCACCUUUCACCAAUCAGGAAAGGCGAGAGGGAAUGCUACUCAACCUGCUUAUUCCUUUUGUAUUGACAGUGGGGUCUGGAAGCAAAGAUAGCCCCCAUCUGGAGCAGCCAGAGAUCUUCCUGCUCCUGCAGACUGUCAUCAACAUCCUUCUGCCUCCCCGGAUCAUUUCCACCUCCCGCACCAAGAACUUUAUGCUUGAUGCUUCUCCAGCUCACUGCUCCACCCCUGGUGACACAGGGAAGGAUCUGCGCAGAGAGGGGUUGGCAGAGUCCACCAGCCAAGCUGCAUAUCUGGCUCUGAAGGUGGUGUUGGUUUGCUUUGAGCGCUCACUGGGAAACCAGUGGUAUCGGCUGAGCCUGCAGGUGAAAGAGAUGGCUCUGAGGAAGGUGGGCGGUUUGGCCUUCUGGGACUUUAUCGACUUCAUUGUCCGGACCCGCAUCCCUAUUUUUGUCCUGCUGAGACCGUUUAUACAGUGCAAGCUGCUGACCCAACCAGCUGACUCCCAGGAGGAGAUUACAGCACGUCAUCACAUCGCUGACCAACUGGAGCGACGCUUCAUCCCACGACCCCUCUGCAAAAGCUCCCUGUUUGCAGAGUUCAACAACGAACUCAAGAUCCUCAAAGAGGCCGUACACAGUGGCUCUGCAUACCAGGGCAAGACAUCCAUUAGCACAGUGGGCACCUCUACAUCAGCCUAUCGCCUAAGUUUGGCGACAAUGUCACGCUCCAACACAGGCACCGGCACCGUUUGGGAGCAGGACAGCCAACCGUCACGGCAACCCUCGCAGGACACACUCAGCCGCACCGACGAGGACGAUGAAGAGAAUGAUUCCAUGAGUAUUCCCAGCGUGGUGAGCGAGCAUGAGGCUUUCCUGCCCAGGGUGAUGUCGCAGCGACGUUUCUCCAGCCAUGCCACGGGUUCAGCGGCCUCUCAGCCCGAGGCCCCGCGCACCACCAUGCUACCUAGCCAUAGUGAACCCAAUGUGCUAGAUGAGUCCCAGGGCCUUCUGCAGGAGGGUAACCUCUCUAGGGUUGCAAGUGUGCAGAGUGAACCGGGUCAACAGAAUCUCCUGAUCCAGCCUCCUUUAGGAAGAAAGAGAGGACUCAGACAGCUGCGACGCCCCCUGCUGUCCAUUCCAAAGACUGAACCUCGUGGUCGAUCUGGAGCGAGGCUGUCUACAACACGUAGGAGCAUCCAGCCCAAGAACAAACCACUGGAAACUUUAUUGGACUGUGAAGCGCAUGGAGACCAAAAGAGGUCAGUCACCUUUACAGAGAAUCAAGGCCAGCAGGCAUCUGCGGGGCCCAGCAAGCCCUCAACUCCGAGCACUGUGGACCCUCCAGCUGAGAGCAGGAAGGCCAGUCCUGCCCCUUCCAAGUCCCCAACACUGGAAGUGCCCCCAGCCUCUUCAGCCACAGUCACUGCUGACCUGCAUGGGCCUGCAAACGCACAGGUUCCUCCAGCCAUCAGCAGCAAGGAGAAGAGAGAGCAGUGGGGGCUCCGGAGUAGCCUCUCUCCUCCCCCCUCCAUCUCCCGUCCCUCCACUCCGACACCUCCAUCCCGAACCUGCUCCCCGCUGCCCCUCUCCCGAACCUGCUCUCCCCUCCCUUUGUCCCGCACCUCUUCUCCCCUCCCUCCACCACUCCCUCUUCUCAGCACCGCGCCGGCCCCGGGACCCCCUCUGCCACCACCGCUGCCACCACCGCUGCCAGCAACCCCACUUCUUCCUCCCCCUCCACCGGGGCCGUCCAGGAUCAGAGAGAGCCCCGGGGACGAGGAUACGACUGCGCUGCUGCCACGCAGUGACACCCUGCUGCAGCUCAGCGAGGAAGAUGGCACCGAGAACCCCCUUCUCACCCCGCUGCUGUCCAAUCCUUCACCCCGCCGGUCGCCCCGCCGCUGCCCACUGCCCCUCUCCCCUGUUGACCUGGAUCUGGAUGAGUCCCACGUGUGAGGGAGAUGACAGGUGGAUUGUAUUUUUCUAUCUGGAGCCUGAGCCAAAGGCCAUGCAGACACCUGGAGGGAUAACAUGCUGAAGGCUGCGCAGUGUAAAUUUCAAAACAUUUAACAAAAUUUGGACAAUCUAAAGGUACACAAUUUAAACAGAACAUAAUUUAAACAGAACAGUGUGUUUGCUACCAAAAAUCCGUCUGUUGGCACCUCAUUAACGACUCAAAUCCUGUUCGCUGGUUCUCUUCUCCCCUCGGCUUUGCCCUUAAACUAAACUGCGCUCUGCUCAGCUGAGUUGUUUUGUUUAGUGGCUUUCAUAAAUCCUCAAAUUCAUUCUACUAUUCUGUCUGUCCUCAAGCUGAGGGUUGAAUGUAUAUGAUCUACCUUACUUCAUCACAGAAUUUUAUGUUCAAAUGCUGGAUGUUUCAAGUCUGCCUGUGCACUCUAAGAUCAGAAGUUUAUUUUUUAGUUAUAUUUUCAGUCAUACAUAACAUUUGAAAGGAUAGCAAAUACUACUUAAUUAAAAAAUCAGAGAAUGAUUAUUUACCUAAAGUCUAUAUUUAGAUGUCUAUAUUGGAAAAGGAGAUGCUCUAACUUCCAAAGGAUGAUUAUAUUAAGAGCCAUUCUAAAACUAAAGUGGGUGACUUAACUUACACCUUUUUAUUAAAUGAAAUAAAGGAAAUAAAUAUACAUAAUAUAUGUAUUUUAAACUUCAUGUAUUGUCAUAUAGAACAGGAGUAAGAGAUGUUGUAGCCAUAAGUCUGAAAUUUUUAUAUUUUAGAAAAAACAUGUUCGUUUUGUCCGUGUCAAAUAUACUGCAAAAAUGUUCAUGGAACAAGCUGAGGAAAGCUUUAGUUGAAUAGUAAAGGGCAGAAUUUCAGUCAGAUCCACAGAGUAUAAUUGAAUGUGUUUUUAAAAAAAGUCUUUCAUGUUAAUGGGACUGAAUUGAAAACUCUUAGAAAGGCAUGCAGGAGUUAGAAAAACAUGUACUGACCAGAUAAAAGAUGGACUUUCCACUGUAGUUUGAAACUUGGCUGUCCCCACCUUAGGUUUUCUAAACCCAUACUACCAUAUAGUGAUGUUUGGUGGUUUGAGCCAACCCCCUCAAACCAGAAACAUACCCUGCUUUGUCUAUUUUACCCUAAAUGGGACCAUAAUGUACAACAUGAACAUGAAGUUCAAUUUUAGAAUAUUUGAAAAUGGUGAUUGAGACUACAAACUAUUUAGGAAAAUUCUAAUUUGGGUAGUAGAAAGUGUCUCAUACAAUCUGAACAGAGGAGUCUCCCCCUGUUGGCCAUUAGAAAGGAUGCAGAUCUGUUUAAACCAGAGGGAACGUCCAUCUUUUAUAAAUGAUUAGUUGUAUUUGCCAGUCUUCUGUGUUGUUACAUUACGAGAACUGUAGUGCAGUUGAAGUCGAAUUAUCUUGUCCUCAGAUGCACUGAUUUUCAUAGCUGCCCCAGCUGAAUGGAAAUGAAAUGCAAAAUUAGCUAUAGCCCCUUUAACUUGAAUGAUAUCACAGUUUUUUAUGUUUUAUCUGUUUGUUUGUUUGCAUCGUUUUCUUCUGAAAGAAAACUGCACUGGAAAUGAGAGCUGGAGAAAACCAGAACUUAAACAACGGUUCCACUGUUGAGUAGAUUCUGACUUCAGCAGCAGAUAACUGCUGCUGUCACUGAGCAAUCGCCGUGUCUACCAUAUGUCCCAUGAUUCUACAGUGUAUCUUGUGCUGCUCAGUGUCUCAGCAGAGUAUUUCACUUGUGACCAAAGACUGUAUCUCUUUGUUGUGUUUCAGUGGUCUCCACACUUGUAUCAGCUAAAAUUAGCCGUUAUAUUUACAAAAAAGGCAUAUAUUAUGUACAAAUGACACUUGUUCUGAUGUUGAAGUGCUGGUCAUGCUGUUCCCUUUGUGUAUGUGAUGUCUUAUGUUCAGACCAGUGGGGCAGGAGAGACUCUUUUUAUUGCAACUGUGACGAAGCGAUGCAGUAGAUAGCCAUUACCUCGUUGCUCAUUCCAUGCCUUAACAGAGAAACAUGUCUGUCGAUAUCAACAUGUCUGUGUAUAUCACUUUAAUUACUCUGGCGAAAGCCUCAUACCUCCUGAAAACAGAUCUACUACCAGCUUGCCCACUAACAGGGGAAAGCUUCUUUUCUCUAUAUCUUUAAUAUGUUGUAACUUCUGGCUGUUUAAGAGGGAAAUUUAAUAAAGUUGUACAACUAUGAGAAAAGA